CGUUGCUUCUGCUGAGCUCGGAAAAAACGCACAGGCAGCUGUUAUCCAUCGUUGAUAUAUAGAUGCCUUUCCCUCCGCAAGCAGCGGCUGCAUCUUCUCCGGCGGGGGACGAUGCCACCUGCGCCAAGAUCGGCACCGCUCUCUCCUGCUGCUUUCCACCCACAGGCUUCGGGGUAAAGAGAGAUCUGAUCUGCACGCCAGGCACACGCACACAGGGGUGGCGAGCAUGUCUGCAUCAAGAUCCACGAACACCUACCUCUAAUGUAUUCUGCUGCGCUGCUGUUGUGUUGUUGUCUGCAGGUGUGGUGGCUGUACCGAAAGCAGCCCGAGGGGUCCAACCUGCACAAGUGGUCGCGCUACGCCCUCUACGCAGCCAUCCUCUUCACUGUGAUAUGGGUCAUCAUCCUGCUCACGUCGGUGUCCAAGUUCAUAGUGUGGGUGAUUCUGAUCCUGGGAGCCGUGGCGGGGGGGCUGUGGGCGUGGCGGAACUGCAGAAGAGGCGAGGCGCUGCGGUUUGCGGACCAGACGGGGGGCCAUGCGCAGGGAGGCAGUCAGGGGGGCGGGACGGAGUUACCCACGCCCAUUGGUGUGGCGAGGACAUAGCUAGGGAGAGAGGGCGGGUGACUGUGUUAGGUGGUCUUUGUUCGGUACUGUAAGUAAUUCAGUCAGCACCGAGGAAGGGAAGGCAGGGAGAAAGAGUGGCGUGCCACCGAGGAAGGAAGGGAUGUGUAUGUGGGAUGAUGGAGCAUUUGCCCUGCCCUGCCCUCCCCAGUCUUGUCAUUGAGCAUGGCGACGCAUCCUGAUCGGCCUGCCUGCCAUGUGCGCAGAACUGUGCAUGCAUUGCAAGGCGGUCGAGAUGCGCCGCUGUUUUCAUAGACAGAACCAAAGAGAGAGACGAUGGGCGUGUCGGUCACUUAGACUGCCGGCGGGAGUCUGCCACACAGGGAGAAGGAGAGGAAACAGAAGUACGUGUAAGUCCGUCAGUCAGUACGUAUGUGUCCGUCACUCAUGUGAUCUUUUGCGAUCCCUCACCACAGCCAGUCCAAUUUGUUUGGUGUAGAUGGAUACCAGGCAUGGCGCAGAAUCUGUCCCAUGGUUCUUGCGCCAUCCCUGUGUGCUGGCUGCGCUAAACAGGGUGGAUGCUGGCGGGGACGAGACGCCC